UAACAAAUUUCUGUUUUAAACUUUUGUAAGUUUCAAUAUUUUGUUAUUAAUAUCUUGAGAUUUGUUCUUUUUUAUUAUUCAAACUGAAUAUCGAUUAUCGAUUCUGAUAACGUUUUUCGUAAGACUACUCGACUACAAUUGUUGCGAAAUAUAUUUGCAAUUUACAAGUGAAUUUUAUGUGUUAACAAUGUAUCCAGUGGAUAACCGAAAUAUCUGGAUUAAUAAUCAUGUUAAUAUUCGUAAUUAUGGAUACGAUUACAAACGUAAAAAGUUAAAGAAGGUUAUUAAAGAUUUGGUUUAUGAAAAUGCUUCCAUUUGUGACGAAAUAUCACUAAAUCAAGAAAAAUUAUUAAUUGUGCGAGAACAAUGUAAGUUUUUAACUAAAAAGUUAAAGGCUUUUGAACCUCAAAUAGAUGUUUCUGCUGCCAGUGUAAAUACAACAGUAAAGAAGGCAACUCCAAGAAAAAAAGCAACUACCAAUGGUGUAAAACCUAAGCCAAGACGUCCUGCUGCUAAACAUAAGAAGAAAAUUAUAGAAGUCCAAGAACCAAUAACUAGUGGAAAUGUAACUAUUUACAACUUUGGAGAAAUUGUAUAUGAUACACCAUUUUAUUAUUCAGACUGUGCAAUCUAUCCAGCUGGAUAUUAUGCAUCAAGAACGUAUGCUCAUUUUAGAAAUAUAUUCUCUAAAUGUACUUAUCAUUGCAAAGUUAUAAAAGCUGGUUCAUCUCCAAGAUUUGAGAUCAUGGAUCAUGAUAAACAUUUCAAAGUCACUGGCUUAAGCACUGAUGAAUGCCAUAGUCAUCUUAUAUCAUUAAUUAAUAAAUUGCUAGGUGCUGAAGAUUUAAUACCUGCAAAUAGAAAUGGUGAUAGAUUUUUUGGAUUGACCUUACCUUCAGUUCGUUUGAAACUACAGGAAGCACCGGAAUCUAAAUUUUGCACAGGAUACAUUCCAUUAGAAUUGCAGCCAGACAAUCAUGAAUCCGAAUUAAAGGCUGAAAGUGAUCCUGCAGUGAGUUUUGAGGGUCUACAUAAUACAUUGAACAGAUUUCGAUCUAGACAUUAAGAAGUGUUAUUGUAGCAUCAAUUUUAUACUAAGUUUAUACUAAUGACUAAUGAGUAAAUGUAAUUUUAUGAAACAAAUGUAUACUAUUAUAAUAAUUAUAUUAUUAAGCUUAAAAAAAUAUACUUAACUACCAACUUAAUAUUAAUAAAUAGGAAACGGAUUUUAUUGUAAUCAUAUAUUUUUAUUGGAAUGCAAUAUUUUAAAUCUGAUAAGAAAUAUGUACCAUUUAGAUCAUUCUAAUUGAAAUAAACCCAAAUUUAUUUUACAUAUUUGGUAAAAAAGUACAUAUUUUCGUAAUUAUUGAUUUUUUUAUUGAUUUUUGAUGACAUUUAACAUCAUCUGCUUCCAGGCACGUAUACAGGGGAGAUUUUUGGGGUUCAACCUCCCCCCCUCCCUAAUAUAUUUUUGAGUAACGAGGAAAAAAUUGUUUUAUUAUUUUCAGGCACAAUUUGUAUUGCUAAAUUUUGUAACCAUCCCCCCCGAAUUUUUUUUUUAUAUGUGCCUGUCUGCUUUGUCUAAAACACUGAUUCCCAAACUGGGGGGUCAUGUACAUGUUGCUGGGAAGGCACAAGCAGUUAUUACGAAACUGUCCAAAGAAAAGUUUUGUCAGUAGUAACAUUAAUUAUUAAUUUCCUUAUGUAUUUUUUUUAUUUACUAUUAUUAAUAUUUUAUACUAAUUUAUUACUAUAAUAUUUCACCUUAAUUAAUUGUUACAUUUUAUUAUUUACUAUUAUUUAUUUUAUAUUUUAUAAUUAUUUUUUUUUAUUAUUUAUUUUUAUUAGCUAUUAGCUAUUAACACAAAACUAUUACGGCUUGACAAUUAAUGUACAUAAGCAAGAUAAGACGAUACAAAUAAUAUACAUGUACUAAAUAUGAAUUUAUAAUUAUUAUCAUCAAUAAAAAAGUAGUCAUUCUGAA